AGCUCCGCUCGGGUCUAUGGAGGAAAAACUCUCCGCGGGCCCUGCGCUUCCCAUGGCGGCGGCCGCCUGCGGCACCAAGGCCAUGUCCCUGUUCAAGCGGACCCUGGUGCUGAGCCCCGCCUCGGCGCCCCGGGCCACGGGCACCGGCUCCCCGCCGCGCGGCUGCCCCUUGCCCCCCGCCGCCUGGUCCUGCAAGGACCGGGCGCGGGGAGAGGGCGUGUGCGGCCGCCUGCGGAGCCCGCCCGCCGCCGGCCGCCUGCCCCAGUCCCACUCCUGCUCCUCCGCGGCCCCCACCUCCGUGUGUCUUCUCUGCCCGCAGGACUCCCUCAGCAGCAGCUUGAAAACCUGCUACAAGUAUCUCAAUCAGACCAGUCGCAGUUUUGCAGCUGUCAUCGAGGCGCUGGAUGGGGAAAUGCGCCAUGCGGUAUGCAUAUUUUAUCUGGUCCUCCGAGCUCUGGACACUCUGGAAGAUGACAUGACCAUCAGUGUAGAAAAAAAGGUUCCACUGCUACACAACUUUCACUCUUACCUUUAUGAACCAGACUGGCGGUAUAUGGAGAGCAAGGAGAAGGAUCGACAAGUGCUAGAGGACUUCCCAACGAUCUCCCUGGAGUUUAGAAAUUUGGCUGAGAAAUAUCAAACAGUGAUUGUUGACAUUUGCCGGAAAAUGGGAUUUGGGAUGGCGGAGUUUUUGGAUAAACACGUAACAUCUGAACAGGAGUGGGACAAGUACUGUCACUAUGUCGCUGGACUGGUGGGGAUUGGCCUUUCCCGACUGUUCUCAGCCUCAGAGUUAGAAGACCCUUUAGUUGGUGAAGACAUAGAGUGUGCCAAUUCUAUGGGCCUGUUUCUGCAGAAAACAAACAUCAUCCGUGAUUAUCUGGAAGACCAGCGAGAAGGAAGAGAAUUUUGGCCUCAAGAGGUUUGGAGCAAGUAUGUUAAGAAGUUGGGUGAUUUUGCUAAGCCACAGAAUAUUGACUCAGCCGUGCAGUGCCUGAACGAACUUAUAACCAACGCACUACACCACAUCCCACAUGUCAUCACUUACCUCUCAAGACUUAGAAACCAAAGUGUGUUUAACUUCUGCGCUAUUCCACAGGUGAUGGCCAUUGCCACUCUGGCUGCCUGUUACAAUAAUCAGCAGGUGUUCAAAGGUAUAGUGAAGAUCCGAAAAGGGCAAGCAGUAACUCUAAUGAUGGAUGCUACCAAUAUGCCAGCGGUCAAAGCUAUAAUAUACCAAUAUAUGGAAGAGAUUUAUCAUAGAAUCCCCAGCUCAGACCCAUCUUCUGGUAAAACAAGGCAGAUCAUCUCUACCAUCAGGACACAGAAUCUUCCCAAUUGCCAGCUGAUCUCCCGAAGUCACUACUCCCCUAUUUACCUGUCGUUUGUCAUGCUCUUGGCCGCCUUGAGCUGGCAAUAUCUGAGCACCCUGUCCCAGGUCACAGAGGACUAUGUUCAGACUGGAGAACACUGAUGGCUAUCAGUCCAGAAGCUACAGUUCAUCACGGAUCGACCUUUUCUUCAAGAGAAAGGAUAUCAGUACACCCCCCCCCUCCCUUUUUUCCCUUCCUGCUUUAAUCCCUGAAAGAACUUGGUGGACUUGGGACUUUUAGAAACUGUGACAGGCAGUCGAGAAGCUAAGAAUAAAAGGGGUGGAUACGUCCCCCUCAGCAAGCAGGCACUUGUGGGCAGCACUCACCUCCGUGCGGUGGCAGCAACGGAGCGCUCCUGGCUGCCCGUCAGGGGAAAUGGUUGCUUAUGGGGCUGCCGAGAGAUAUUUAGGGUGAAUCCUGGCUAGAAUCAUAAUUAAAUGUAUUUAAUUUGAAGCAACCUUGGAAUACAUGUCCUUGUGGAAAGUGAAGUGAAUUUUCUCAGUUGGAUUCCCAUUUUUCUCAUUUUGCUUUCUCCAAUCGAUCUGAAUGUAGUAGGUGUCAGUGUUUGUGGGUCUAGGUAAUGGCCUCAUGUUUCCUAAGAAUGCAGACUGUCUUCUGCCCAUGAAGACUAAGGACUGAUUCGGGGCGGGGGGGUGUGUUCUGGAAUUGCUUCCUCAUUUAAAAGUUUAGCUUUCAGAAAGACUGCAGGACUGCUUUGGGCCCCAUCGUAGAAGAUUGGCCUCCAGUUAAGGCUGACUUUUUGAGAAGACAUCAUAUAUAAAGAUGUGUUUAUAAUAAAGAUCUGAAUUACUU